UGCAUGUCUUCCUGUUAUGCGAGCAAUCAGAAAGUACGUAGUAAAUCAGCCUGUGCACUUUGGACAACUUAAAAGUUUAUUGCACAAUUUCUGCAAAAACUUUGCAGGUUUCUUUUAGCGAAAGAACAUCUAGGUAGAGCCCACAACGACAAGGACUUGCCUCUAACAAAACCUCUUCAAUAAUUGUGGCAAACCAAAUUUGCAAAUUAAGGUGACAGAAAACUUGUCAAUCCAUUCUGUGUUUGUUGGAAGACCUGCCCACAAAUGAGUUACUAUUAAAGAAGCCUACACUUCUUGUUGCAUAUUUUCUUCUAAAACGAACGGCAAUAAAACACCCUACAGCAGAUACAGCAGACAGGCAUCAGGGUAGAAACCAAUGACAGCCUAAACAAAGAUGAGAAACGAUUAUGAAGAAAGCCAGAUGGAUAAAAGCAAGUCCUAUGUCCAAAUUAAUCUACAAAGGAAACAAAAGACCUCAAUAAAAAUUUGGACGUAUUUAAAAACAUCAUUAAAGAAGAAAUGUACCUGCACUACUACCAGGGCAAAGAAGUCAUUCAUUGGAUUUUUUCCUGUGAUACAAUGGCUUCCAAAAUACAACUUUAAAGAAAACACAUGGGGGGAUAUCAUGUCGGGUCUAAUAAUUGGCAUCAUAUUAGUGCCUCAAGCCAUAGCCUACUCACUUCUUGCAGGUCUAAAACCUAUUUACAGCCUGUAUACAUCUUUUUUUGCAAAUUUAAUUUAUUUCAUAAUGGGAACCUCUCGCCAUGUGUCAGUAGGCAUUUUCAGUUUGUUAAGUUUGAUGGUUGGUCAGGUGGUGGAUCGAGAAGUACUAUUGGCUGGUUUUGACCUGGAUGAUGACGUUGCCCAUAAAGUACAUGGUUUGAACGAAAGUGACAUAAUGGGAAUCACAAGUGUUAACAUCAGUUUGGGAGUGGUGGAUCUGGAAUGUGGAAAAGAAUGCUAUGCAAUCAGUAUUGCAGCGGCACUGACAUUUAUUGCUGGGAUUUAUCAGCUUCUGAUGGGUAUAUUUCGCUUGGGUUUCCUGUCUGUGUAUCUCUCAGAGCCCAUGCUGGAUGGAUUUGCAACUGGAGCUUCCCUGACAAUAUUAACAGCCCAAGUGAAGUACCUUCUUGGAAUAAAAAUCCCACGCAGUCCAGGUGUAGGAAUGCUAGUAAUAACAUGGAUUAAUAUAUUUAAAAAUAUUCAUCAUACAAAUGUUUGUGAUGUCAUUACAAGCGCUAUUUGUAUUUCUGUAAUGGUUGCUGCUAAGGAACUAGGAGAUCGUUACAAAGACAAAAUUAAGAUUCCUCUACCAACAGAAUUAAUUGUAAUUGUUGUUGCCACUCUGGUAUCGCAUUACUGUAAUCUAAAUGAACUUUAUGGUACCAGUGUUUCGGGUGUAAUUCCAACUGGAUUUAUACCUCCUAAAGUCCCUGACUUUAGUCUCAUGGGCAAAAUUGCUGUGGACGCUGUGCCCUUAGCUAUUGUCAGUUUUGCGUUCACAAUUUCCUUAUCUGAAAUGUUUGCAAAGAAAUACGCAUAUAGCGUGAAAGCCAACCAGGAGAUGUUUGCCAUAGGAUUCUGCAACAUCCUCCCGUCAUUUUUCCACUGUUUUGCCACAAGUGCAGCUCUUGCAAAAACUCUUGUGAAAACCUCUACUGGGUGCAAGACACAAGUAUCUAGUGUCGUAAGUGCGAUAGUUGUACUACUGGUUCUUCUUUUCUUCGCACCACUGUUUUAUUCACUACAGAAAUGUGUGUUGGCCUGUAUAAUCAUUGUCAGUUUGCGAGGAGCUCUCAGGAAAUUUAAGGAUUUGCCAGCCCAGUGGCACCUCAACAAAAUAGAUGCCAUCAUAUGGAGUGUCACCGUCUGCUCAUCUGCCCUCAUCAGUACAGAAAUAGGGCUUUUGGUUGGGAUAGUCUUUUCAAUGCUAUGCCUCGUUAUACGUACUCAAGUACCGCACACAGCCUCACUUAGCCACAUUCAGAACACGGUCUUUUAUGAAGAUGGAGAGAGAUAUGAAAAUCUCUUCCCUAUUCCCAAGAUUAAAAUAUUCCGCUUUGAGUCACCCCUUUACUAUGCAAACAAGACGUACUUUUUAAAAUCAGUGUACAAAAUCGUUGGCAUGGACCCAUCCUUGGAAAUGAUACGACGUAAGAAAAUGGAGAAGAAGAUGAAAAAGGAAAUGAAAAGGAAGCAAGCGGACACCACAAACGACAGGGAUAAUGGGGAUAGCCGCAUACAACUAGUCCACAAGAGAAAUGAUAUUCAAACCAUUAUUGUUGAUUGCUCGUCCAUUACUUUCUUAGACACUUCUGGCAUCAGUGCCUUAAAAGGAUUAUUGAAAGAUUACCAGGAAGUUCAAAUCAGUGUUAUUUUGGCUUGUUGUAAUACUUCUGUCAUUGAUUCUUUGUGUAGGGGUGAGUACUUUGGGAAGGGAAACAAUGAUAUGCACAAAUUGCUCUUUCAUACUGUACAUGAUGCUGUUCAGUUUGCUAAAGAGCAAGAGUUUUCAACAACAGACACAAAUGUUUAGGUGAAAAAGAUUGACUACAGUUAUAUAUUUACCACUGUAAAAAUAGGACAGAAGCAGGACCAAGCCAGGAGUUAAUGCUGCCAUGACAGAAUUGUGCUUUCGACAUCUAUCUUCCCAACUGUUUUCAUGUACAUCUCUUAAUUUUGUUUGAAAAGUUGCAGACUGGUACCCUAGCCAGCCUGCUAGAUCAUCUGUACGGGCAAGCCAGUCCUGACCAAACAGCACUUCUAAACUCUGAAUAAGUGUGUUGUAAAUGAUAAAAAAAUAACAAUGUAUAGAGAAAAACCUUUACUCUUUAACCCAUUAUGAUUUCUGUAUCUUGUAUGCGUUACAUUGAUACCAGAAAAUAUUUUUUAAAUAAAAUGUAUGCCUAAAUGUU